AUGCAGUGGACGAAACCGCCUCCUGGUAAAGGGAAACCGCUCCCUGGUAUAAAGAAACCGCUUCCUGAUAGCAGCCCUCUCCCUAAUAAAAUAAUAUGGCCUGCAAAAGCAGAAACCACCAACUUUCAAUUCGCAAAACCAACUCCCGAAGCGAUUGGAAGACCAGGUAACAUCGGGCACUCUGAAGAACAACUUCUUAAUUCUUUUAACAUCAUGGCCGACAACUUUAUAGCAAGACACAAGAACGAGUGUCCGUGUUAUGUGAUUUUGGGUAAGUAUUGGCAAAACAUUUUUGGGGGCCAUAAUUUUCAGAUAAUUGGAUUUGGGUCGACGGCCACGAGUAAAUAGGGACAUUAAGCAUGUAGGACGGCAACGCGACGAAGACGGCUAUCAAUACAAUGAGUCAUUAAAAAGUAAUGAAUAAUGAAAGACCUGUGGGAGUCUUAGACGUAGUCGCCGCUCUGUUUACAACGGCAAAUUACAACUUGGGUUCAGUAGAAUUCUUCCCAAACGUAAAUCCCAUGUUUUCAACGUCCUAAACUGCGUUAACAUCAUACGAUCGAUAAUAUACGACAAGUUUUUUUUACAAGCAUUUAUUUGAAGGAGUUUGUUUUGGCCACCGUCGUCGCGUUGCAGUCCUGCGUGCUUAAGGUCCCUAAUAAUUCAAGAGUGGAAUAUGUAUUGAAAAUUUUGAGUUAUUGCUCAUUAUUAUCGAACAAGUCCACGAAACUGAACAAAGUUCGUGAAUAUACAUAUAACGGAUUAUUAUAUAGGCAAGCACCGGAUAUGAGCUAUGCUGCAAUCUGAUUGGAUCUCUACUAGUAGGAUAUUAGCUCAUUUCCUGCCAUUGAACUAUAAAUAACUGGAAGGCUAAGUCAAGGGGGGGGAGGUGAACCCGUGAUUGAAGCUUUCUUGUAGGUAGAUCCAGUCCUUUUUAAUUUUUUUUUUCAAAAUAUGCACAUUUUUUUAUCAGAAAAAUCUUGCCACAAAAUAUUAGUUAUACCACCAAAUUUAAGUUAUAUCAGUAGUAUGAUAAACGAAUUUAAUAUUUGCAAAGCAAACAAAUCACAAGUUAGCAAAAAAAUACGAAAAACACGACCAUAAGCAUGAACAGUAUGAAAAACCGCGCGUUUAUGGCUGCUUUUUCUGAGUUUUUGAAAGUUUAAGAUAACACUAUAAGACAUCAUACUUCAGGAAUUAUUUAAACCCAUGCAAAAUACAUCUGCAUGCGAAGUAUCAAGAAGAUUGAACGUUUUAAGGUCGAAAAAAAAGCAUUUGAAAAUUGAGAAAAAUAUUGCCAUAUUCAAAGUGCUCAUAGUGGCCAACAAGAAGAGCGAUGACGAAAAUAACAGCACUUGAAAAACGCCAAUUUAUUUUUGUUUUAGAAGGAAUAAAACAAGGACUAAAAGCUCAGGAUCAAUAACAAUACCCGUGGUUUAGUACAACAUAACUUUGGGACUGUCAAAAUGUUUUAUAGUAUAUUUUUUUGAGUUGAAGAGCGAGGUUUUCUUCGGCACGUCCAAACUUUCGUCAUUUUUUCAAAAUACAAAAGCAAAACUCCUUACUUUUUGCUGCAUAGAGAUGUAAAACAGUUGGAACUAAUCGGAAAACCUGAUUUGAAUCCCAAUCAAUGCAGAUUCCCAUGGAAAAAGUGUUUCUCUUGCAAAUUUGUGCUCGAAAACAAACUUUUGACAGAAUUUUUUCACUCCUCAAAACUCGCCUUAGUCCUUUUGAAUGCUGAUUUUCCCGCGCGCCGGCUUCAACGAAUCAUAGACUUUCAUCAUAGGAGUUAGCCUUCCAGUUAUUUAUAGUUCAAUGUUUCCUACUAGUACAGAAUUCAAGAUGGCGGCGAAAAAUCUAUCGCGCAACUUCAAACAGAGAAACAGCAAGUUUUGCAAAAGUUAAAGCCUUAAAUGGGAUAAAAACACUUUGAAAAUACUAAUAGUAAUUGUUUACAGAUUCGAAUAUUGGUUCUUAAUAUUUAAACUGGUUUGAAUGAAUAUGUUUUGAAAUAAAUAAUGCCGAAAGAGCGACGACGAAACACAAAGAAAACAUUUUUCAAACAUUUAAACAAUUUCAAUUGAUUAAUUGUUUUAAAUACGUCAAAAUACAUGAGUCGGGGAAUGCAGUAGUUGUUUAUUACUCACUAUUACUAUAGCCAUAUACGACUAGAGUUCGUGGAAUAACUGUUAAAUAUUCGCUCCUCGGUAGUUUAAGCCACGAAAUUCCCGAAGAUGAAAUUUUCGACCGCUCAUAUAUAUUAUAAAUUUGCUUAAACCUCUUACAAAGCGGAAUUUUUUUUAUGCAUUUCAAGAAAAUUUUAAAACUGUAAUACCAGUAAAACUUUUUUGACACAUUCUCGUUUUUUCGCUUCAUUAGUGAGAUGAUUAAUUUUUCAGAUGUGCACUGUAAACAAAAUUAGGCAACGCAUUGCAUGCACGAAGAGCCUCCAAAAACAAAAAAGUUUUACAAAAGAAAUAGAAAGAAAAGAAAAAGCUGCUGUCAGUGAACUAAAUUAACGAAAGCUUAUUAUGCAGUUUGUGACGUAAUUUUGUGUUGUUUACAGUGCAGGGUUCAGUUGUAUCAAGACGGUUUAGCUUAAGGUGGCUCGAUACAAUUUUUAAAAAUUCAGGUGUUCAACACUGUGAUAUGCACAAACUACCCAUUUUGAUGAUUUAUUCAGUAGAUAUUGGGAUUUUUAUACACUUUAAUGUCUCUACUUUCAAACAUAUCAGUUCUACUAACAGAUAGAUCGUUGCUAUGGCGACAUACGUGUACGAAAUUAACUCCAAAAUAGGCUAUCGCCUCGUAUAGAUGGAAAAUAAGCAGGGUAAUCCCCAAUUUUUUUUCGUUCAUUAUAUUACUUGGAAGAAAAACUAAGAAUUAGCAAAAUAUAUAAAAAUUGUGUAAUGUCAUUUUUUUUUAAUUAAAAAAUGUCGUUUUCCUCGGUAAAAUUUUUUGCCAUUACAUAAUUUUUUUUUAUUUUUGGUGAAAUAAAAGUUUUAGCGAUGCAAUACAGCAUGCAAAAUUUCAGCAUAGGUCACCAGACAAAAUAACGAGAUUGAGCAUUGUUUUUCGAAAAUAAAAAAUUCUAAUGACGUCAGCAUAUGACAUAAAACGCUAUAGAACAUGCGCAAUUACGUGAGAUGGCGAGAGCAUUGCCCACGUCAGGUCAUUUUAGAAGUUCUUUUAUUUUGUUAAUCAGUUCCUACCACAUACGCGUAGAAAUGAUCACCCGGUUCGUUCAAGAUUCUUGAGCGGAGUUUUGUGAUAAUAAUAUCGAGCCACCUGCUUAAUUUAAGCUCAAAAUAGAAAGCAAGUCUAUAGAUUCAACAACCAAACUAAAGUUUUCUAACCUUAAUAGAACGAUAAUGUUUACAAGUGUACAAUUAUUUAGUGUACAAUAUUUAAGUUGUCUGAUUCACGAGAGAUACAAGAGUGUUAUUUAAUGUUUUGACCUAUCCACCCGGCUAAACGGGCUUGAUACAACCGGCCUCACAUCAAGAAAACUUAGUUAUUUCAUUAAAGACACGAAAUCCAAAUGAAAACCUUUAAAUGAAGUUACGUCACAGUUUUCAGAGUUCUUUGCAAAAAAAUCUCUCCCAUGAUAGGCAGUUUAAAAUGGCGUAAAGUUGUUUAAUUCUUCGUUUGCAUAGGCACCAAGAUAUAUCCAUGUUAUAACAGUAGAGACCAAACAGGAUGUGCACGGAACUACGUUAACGUCAAGCAAGAUUUCCAGAAAGAAUGCCCUUCCACUAAAUUCUACUUGAUAUAUGGUCGUGCGGGUACGCCGGCAGUGCAAGCAGUAUUGACUGGCAACGGCAUCACCACAUUUUCCUAUCCUUGA